UUCUGGACUGACUGACGCUGAGCGCUGGCUGGCAGUCGCUGUUAGUAAGACGGUGAAAGUGAAAGAAGGACUCCAUAACUGUGGAAAGCACCAGAGCAGGCAGUCCCCACACCGGAGCAGAAGGCAGUCCCCACACCGACAGUCAGCACAGGAGGGAGAAAGAGCUCCGGGUCUGAGGCAGCAGCAGUUCAGCAGACACAGCCAUGGCUAACAUCGCGGUCCAGAGGAUCAGGCGGGAGUUCAAAGAAGUUCUCAAAAGCGAAGAGACAAGUAAAAACCAGAUAAGAGUAGAACUGGUGGAUGAAAACUUCACAGAGCUGAGGGGGGAGAUAGCAGGUCCUCCAGAUACACCAUAUGAAGGUGGCAGAUUUCAGCUUGAAAUUAAAAUCCCAGAAACGUAUCCUUUCAACCCACCAAAGGUGCGUUUCAUCACUAAGAUCUGGCACCCUAACAUCAGUUCUGUGACAGGAGCAAUUUGUCUGGACAUUUUAAAAGACCAGUGGGCAGCAGCUAUGACCCUGAGGACGGUGCUGUUAUCUCUACAGGCUCUCCUUGCUGCAGCAGAACCAGAUGAUCCCCAGGAUGCAGUUGUAGCAAACCAGUACAAGCAGAAUGCAGAAAUGUAUAAACAGACAGCGAGGCAGUGGUCUCACGUCUUUGCUGGCGCGCCUGUCUCCACUCCAGACUACAACCGCAAAAUAGAUAAACUCUGUUCCAUGGGCUUUGAAAAGAAUGCAGUAGUAGCAGCCUUGUCUUCAAAAUCCUGGGAUGUGGAAACGGCGACAGAGCUGCUCCUUAACAACUAAAACGUAGCCAGGUGUGAGGAUCCCCAACUCCCAUUGUCAUAACAUCAGCUCCCCCCCAGCAUCCAUUCCACCAUUGCCUUGUGUUACACAGACGACCCCCCACCCCCCCCCAUUCACCACAGCAGUCUGAGCCUUCUUUAUAACAAGUCGGUUUGCUACGAACUCAACACCACAAUCGCCAAUAUUCACACCGCCCUGCCAGUUCAUUACCGUCUACUCUUCCACUAACUCAACAUGUUUACUUGUAAUAGACCACCAAACACCUUCGAUCAUGCAUCUUGUAUUCCAUGCCCAUUAUUUACAUCGGAUCUGAAACUUUCUUUCCCACAUAUCUUUGUACCUGAAUAUUGCAAACAAUCAAAUAACUGCCAUUGCUGGAGGAUUUUAAACAAUGUCAAGGAAGUCCUGCAUACUGCUCUCAGAGUAUGUCACCAUUCGCUCUCCAGCAAAUGGUUGGCCCUGGUCUUGCUGUAUUACAUGUACUGGACUGGAUAGUGUUCUGCAAAGAGCAAUAGAAUGGAUUUUUCCUGAGCAGUUUCUCGGAUGCUUUAAUUACCUGCAGUUUGUUUUUUUCGAUCUGUAGAUGUAGGUAAGAUCACACAAACAUCUGCACAGAAGUUAUCUGUAAAUAGAUGCGUGUAGCCGUGUACAUUUGAAAAUACAAUGGGAUAUACUUUUUCUUUUCUUACAUGGCAUUGUAGAACAAAUUAUUUUAAAUAUAAACUAUGCCUAGUUUACAACUAUACGGAGAGAUAUCUUUAUAUGCUUUGUGAUUUACGAGAAAGCCCUCUGAAUGGCCUGUUUCUUUUCUUUUUACUAAGAUUGUUGUUUAGGGAUGGCACAACAUCCUGGUCCUAGUGGGACAGGAGCUGAGAGCCAGCUCAGGCCCCUGGAGGUCAUAACAUGCCAUCUUUUCUUGUCUUUGCAUGCUCUCUGCUGCCUUUUAUUUUAUUUGGCCAAACGAUGUGGUGAUGGGGGGGGGGGGUGUCUGUUCAUUUCAACAUAACUUUGUAAUCCGUGAAGAGAGACACCUGGAAGCUCGGCAAGCAACUGAAGGUCUCCCAGUGAUAUCCGUAGGGAACCAGUCUUUUCUGUUGAGUGUUGGUGGAAAAUCUUCUGAACAGAUUUGCACGGCACCAGCAGAAAAUAGUGACUCUGAAUUUCAUCAAUUGUUUUGAGUUUGCAAUGCUGUGUUUUUUGUUAAUUUCAGAGCAAUCACUUUCAGCCACGUAUCAAGGACCUGCUCACCCUCAGUCCUGCUGAUGUAGAACAUUUAGGGGGGGGGGGGGUUUAUUGCUCGUCACUGAUCCCAUCCCGCAGGACUCGAUCCAAUCCUUUGGCCAUAUAUAGGAGAAGCCAGCAGACAUGCUUUACUACUCAGCCAAAUAAAAUGAUCAUGGAAGUUGUGUUAUGAGUAAUAAAAUAGGCUGGCACUCCUCUGAAGCACAUAGCAGGCCUGCAGUGUUUUCAGACAUUUUGAUUUGAGGUACAAGGACUAUGAAGAAAUGCUCAGCAUAAAGAGAAGUGGGGUGUCAAUGAAUCCUCACAUGGCUUCUUUUAAAUAGGAAAUAUCUUUUGCUCGCCCUCCAGCUCAGUCCCUACCAACGCAGUGGCAUAUUACAGUACUAAAUGGAGUUGUCGUGCUCUAUCUCCACAGUGAAUUCCCCGCCAGAGCCAAAAGAAACACGGUUCAGAGGUAGAGGAGCGCACCAUUUCUGUUCAUUGUAAAUAGCCCAGUUCUUAAUAAAGAGCUGUGUCACGAGUGCACCAUUGAUGGCUGGAUCUAUAUUUUGUAAGAAAAAAGGAAGGACAAAAAACAGAAAUGAAGCCCCCUCCCUGGUUUUUCUCACUAUGUACUAUAUUGCACGAUGAUGAAGCAUUAGAUAAGGGGCUGUUUGCAUCUCAGUUUCUCCAUUUGGAUUGAGACUUAUUUUCUUCUUGUUUCCUUGGAAGUGAGCAUCAGCAGUAUAAAAAGCAUGGUUAUUUAUUGUGACAGUGUCAUGUUUCUUUGAUUAAAAAAAAAAGUGGAAAAUCAA